AUGUAUGAAACUCGAAACCAAGCAAAGUGUUUUAAUUUUAAACCUUCAUUAUCUGAUCUGAUAAAGUUAAUUAAUAUAGAAACAAUUUAUGCAAAAUCAAAUCCAUGUUCUGGAACAAGUAGCCCUAGAAAAGAAAAUUAUGCCCCAUGUCCACCAUCAGUUGACAAAGCCGGAGGGGAUGCACCACCUAAAAAAUGUGCAUGUCUAGGACCCGAAUCAACUAAAUCUGCAGGUGAUCGAGGAAUAACAGGGGCUGGUGUAACAGGCUCCCGCACGGGUCGCAUAUGCGAGAGAGACAAAGAACCAGCUCUACCAACGGGUGCAAUCAAUCCUGGCUUACUUCGUUAUAUACAUAACGCCGCUCGUUACAGGCUACCGCAAUGCUUUGAAGGCGCUUGUAUAUCAGUUAAGCAAAGUUCUAUAAAUAAUUGGGUAUUAGGACAUUCUAUGUCAUUUAGUUCAGUAACUCCUGGAGGAUACAAGGUGUUAUUGUCAUACGUUGAUAAAAAUAAGCCUAUAGCAUUACCUUAUUUCUUUAUGGAAGCUGCACCAGGUGGUCAAAUGAGUUGUGAGAUGCGCGUAGGACCAACACAGGGGACCAGGGCAACGGUGGUGGCACAGAUAGCUGAUAACGAAUUCUACAGUUUCGAGAGCAUAUUUGAUGCCUAUUUCAAUACAUUUACUGCCUCUGUUAUUGCUGUUAAUCGAGAGUUUAUUGCUCUACAUUAUUUACAGGCAAUAACAGAAAAUAUAUCCGUUGGCGCCGAGCUCGUAGCUCGAGGACAAGUUGCGGAAUUGAGUUCAGCGUCGGGUUCAGCGCGUUGGAUGAACGAAGACCAUUCAAUCAGUGCGACCCUCGGCAAUAGAGGCCUAGACUUAUGCUAUGCAAGAGCAAUUAAGCCUUUUCUUACUGUUGCUGCUAUGCUUGAGGUAGGAUUUGCUAUACGGCGAGCUGUAGCGACGUUAGCAUAUGAGUGGCAUACUGAUAAGUGGACAGUGCGAAGUUCUGUGGACUCCGACGGGCUCGUCGGCGCUACGUUGCAGAGAGCUCUGGGAGGCAAACACGCGCAGCUAGCAUGCGCCAUUUCUGCACUUCUUAAUCAUCCUAAUGACAAAUUUCGACUUGGGUUCGGAGUAACAGCGGCUAUUAUU